AUGUCUCUGCUGAGUAGGUUUUUCCACAGAAGGCCCCCUGAUGGCUUGCUUGAAUUUGUUGAUAGAGUAUAUGUUUUUGAUUCAUGUUUUUCUACGGAAGUGUUGCCUGAGGGUAUGUACCAUCUGUACUUGCAUGAAAUUGUGACAGAACUACAUGAGGCAUUUCCCGAAUCUUCAUUUCUGGCCUUCAACUUCCGAGAAGGGGAAAAAAAGAGCCAAUUUGCAGAAAUUUUGUGCGAAUAUGAUGUUACUGUUAUGGAUUAUCCGAGGCAGUAUGAGGGUUGUCCCCUUUUACCAUUGUCUAUCAUUCAUCAUUUUCUACGGGUUUGUGAUCACUGGCUUUUGACUGGGAACAAGCAGAAUGUUAUCUUGCUUCAUUGUGAGAGAGGAGGUUGGCCACUUCUGGCAUUUAUUUUAGCUAGCUUUUUAGUUUUCAGAAAAUUGCAUAGUGGUGAGAGGAAGUCCCUUGAAAUGGUUUAUCGAGAGGCUCCGAAAGGUUUGUUACAAUUGUUGUCACCUUUAAACCCUUUUCCAUCACAGCUUCGUUAUCUGCAAUAUCUAUCAAGACAAAAUAUUUCACCAGAAUGGCCGCCACCUGAAAGAGCACUUUCUUUGGAUUGUCUAAUUCUCCGGUCCAUCCCAAAGUUUGAUAAUCAGAAAGGCUGCCGCCCAAUCAUUCGUAUUUUUGGCAGAAAUCUUUUGAGUAAGGAUGGUCUUUCGACCCAAAUGAUUUAUUCCACUAACAAGAAAAAGAAGAGCCUUCGACAUUAUUGUCAGAAAGACAGUGAUGUCAUUAAGCUUGACAUUCAGUGCUUGGUGCAAGGAGAUGUAGUAUUGGAAUGCAUUCAUUUAGAUUUGGAGCCCCAGAGAGAAGUUAUGAUGUUCCGAAUAAUGUUCAAUACAGCUUUUAUACGAUCAAACAUCUUAAUGCUCAAUUGUGAUAACUUGGAUAUUCUUUGGGAUUCAAAGUCUUGGUAUCCAAAAGGUUUUCGAGCAGAGGUGCUAUUUGGUGAUGUUGACAGCAUCUCUCAUUCAAAAGCUCCAACUACUGUUUUAGAUGGUGAAGAGGCCGGUGGGCUGCCUAUUGAAGCUUUUUCCAGAGUUCAAGAACUCUUCAGUGGUGUGGAUUGGGUAGAUAAUGGUGAUGAUGCUGCUUUAUGGUUGCUGAAGCAGUUAUCUGUACUGAAUGACGUGAAAGAUCUCUCUUUAUUGCGAAGCAGAAGAAGUGGAUAUUCAUCUCCAUUUGACUCUGAAGAAGAAAAUAAUGCAUCCAGCAUUGCUGAUAGUCUGGACUUUCUGGACACUGAGAAGGCUAGUGAUCAAGUAUACAGUAGUAAGACAGAGAUGAAUUUCUUGGAUGAUUCUUUGUCACAAAAUUAUGCUUCAGAUGAUGGCUGUGAAAAUCCAGCUUUGUCAUCCAUCUCAGGAACAGUUGUGAGGGAAAGCUUGGCUAAUCAACCUCCAGAAUUGCUUCACACAUUGUCUCCUUCCUCUGUUUCAAAUAGUGAAGAUCAUCUGUCACCGGUCUCACCGCCAUCUUUAUCUCCAUUGCCUCAUUUUGAUUCUUUAACUGAUGCAAAAGUGCCUAAGCUGUCUGUUCCUCUGCCUCCCCCUCCACCUCCGCCUCCACCUCCUUUUAAUUCUGGUAAAGUAACUUCUUCUCAAGCUUCACUCUCUAUGACUUUCAUCAAAGGGACACUGACUUCACCCCCACCCCCACCCCCACCCCCACCCCCACCACUUCCUCCUAGUAGCUCAAUUAGGGGUCCUCCGACUCCACCACCCCCACCCCCACCCCCACCACUUCCUCCUAGUAGCUCAAUUAGGGGUCCUCUGACUCCACCACCCCCACCCCCACCCCCACCCCCACCUAUGAGUACAAAUAGUGGAACUCCACUGACUCCACUUCCACCUCCUUGUAUCAGUUCCAGUAAUGCACCGCCACCACCACCCCCGCCACCCCCACCACCGCAAUCCCCUCCUUUUCCAAAUAAGACUCCUGCUGCACCUCCACCCCCUCCCCCUCCACCUCCCCCUCUGCCAACCUCUUCCAAAACAGUUUCAUCUUCUCCAUCACCACCACCACCACCACCACCACCACCACCACCACCUCUUUCUGUUUCUUCUACAGCAAGUCGAUUGGCAUCACAUGCACCUGUACCACCUGCACCUCCUCCACCUCCUCCACCUCCUCCACCUCCACCACUGGCUAAGCAGUCCCUUGGACAUGCAAAUAAGCCUCCAGUCCCAUCACCACCACCGCCGCCACCACCGCCACCUCCAUCGCCACCGCUUUCUGCUUCUUCUGCAGCAAGUCAAUCAGCUUCACCUGCGCCUCCACCUCCACCACCACCCCCACCACUUGGUACGCCGGCCAUUCGUCUUGCAAACAAGCCUCCAGCACCACCUCCUCCACCUCCAUCAGGUGGUACUAGGAAUCCUCCAGUGCCUUCAGCUCCUCCACAACCUCCAAAGCCUCCUGGUGCUCCCCCACCACCUUUGGGCCGUGGAAAUGCACCAGCUCCACCUCCUCCGCCUGGUGGAAAAAGCUCCACUGCACCUCCGCCUCCACCUCCGUCUUCUGGAAGAGGAAGAGCUGUUUUAGGAGCAUCUGGUCCUGGAAGAGGUCGGGUUUCUACUGGUUCCUCGAUUCCCCCCAAGAAAGCUUCACUGAAGCCUUUACACUGGGUCAAAGUAACACGGGCAAUGCAAGGGAGUUUAUGGGCUGAUUCUCAAAAGCAGGAAAAUCAGUCGAGGGCGCCUGAAAUUGAUAUAACAGAACUUGAAAGUCUGUUCUCUGUGGCUUCUGCUUCGGAUGGUAACACUAAGGGUGGAGGUCGACGUGGCUCUAAAAUCAACAAACCAGAGAAAGUGCAAUUGGUUGAUUUGCGCAGAGCUUACAAUUGUGAAAUUAUGCUUACAAAAGUAAAGAUUCCAUUGCCUGAGAUGAUCAAUGCCAUCCUUGCUUUGGACUCCUCAGCCUUGGACAUUGAUCAAGUAGAGAAUCUGAUAAAAUUCUGUCCAACAAAAGAAGAGAUGGAAACUCUAAAGAACUAUAAUGGUGACAAGGAACAGCUUGGCAAGUGUGAACAGUUUUUCUUGGAGCUCAUGAAGGUCCCACGAGUGGAAUCAAAGUUAAGGGUGUUUGCAUUCACCAUUACUUUUGCUAGUCAGGUGAAGGACUUAAGAUCUGAUUUGAAUACAAUCAAUGAUGCGAGUAAAGAGGUGAAAGAAUCUGUCAAAUUACGUCAAAUAAUGCAAACUAUUCUCACUUUGGGAAAUGCACUGAAUCAAGGGACUGCAAGAGGAUCUGCUGUUGGAUUUAAAUUGGAUAGUCUUCUGAAGUUGUCUGAUACUCGUGCGAUCAACAACAAAAUGACUCUGAUGCAUUAUCUCUGCAAGCUCCUUGCGGAGAAAAUGCCAGAACUGUUGGAUUUUGAUAAGGACCUUGUUCAUUUGGAUGCCGCCUCUAAGAUCCAACUGAAGUCUGUGGCUGAAGAAAUGCAAGCAGUGAGCAAAGGUCUUGAAAAAGUUGAACAAGAACUAACUGCUUCACAGAAUGAUGGUGAAAUAUCCUCUGGCUUUCAGAAGGUCUUGAAGAGUUUCCUUCAUACUGCUGAGGCCGAAGUUAGGUCGCUCAUCACAUUGUACUCAGAAGUGGUCAGCGUUUGUCAUUCGUACAAUUAAGUGCAAUACCUUAUUGACUGUAGCUUAAGCCUGAUUUGUUCUAAUAGAAUUAUUUUUGCAGGGAAGAAAUGCAGAUUCUUUGUCUCAAUAUUUCGGAGAGGAUCCAGCUCGAUGUCCCUUUGAACAAGUUACACAAAUUCUGGCAGUGUUUACAAAGAUGUUUAACAAGGCCCGUGAUGAGAAUCAACAGCAAGCAGAAGCUGAGAAGAAGAAAUUGGAGAAGGAAGCAUUAAAGGAACAAGCAGCUAAUUCUUCAGCGAAAAAAUAAAGCAUUUGAUUCAGUUAGAACUAAAGUCACUUCCAGGAAUCAAAGUCUUGCUUCUUAGCCGCACUUGCAAAAAUUCGUGCCAAGUCAACCACACCCUGCUUUGCAGAGUAGCGCGGAUCAGCAAAAGAUAAAUAUCUUCUUUCCAGUUUCCACUGCUUCAAGUAUUCAUGAAGACUGCAUGUUCAUUCACAUUUCACAUCAUUGAAGCACUUUCACCUAUUGCUGAGAUGGCAAAUUCACCUAGCUUGUCGUCAAGUUACCAAGCCUCUUCGGUCCCUCCCCCGGUUUAUUUUUGUUUUCUCAGGUGUACAUAUAAUGGCUUCUUUUGAUCUUAUCUUCUAGACAAACAGGCCAUUUUUUUUUUUUUUGAUGUGGAGAGCUCUGCUACAUUAUGGCACAGAGAUGCAGAGGAUCCUCCAAGAUCAGGUAUACUGCAUAGAUUAUGCUGUAAAAUUAUUACUGAAAAAAAAGAGAAGAUACACUGAAUAGGAACAAGGAACAUCAUCCUCCAUUUUUGUACCAUAAUUCUUUGAUUGAUGAACUCAAUUCUGUCAGCUCCCAAUUGUCUCAGUUAGAAAAUUUUGGAGAUACAUUUCACAUCAGUCAAAAGUGAGGUCCUAACUCCUCAGUGAUUGUUUUCUUAUGGUUUAUGCGG